AUGAACUUUAAAUUAAAACUAUAAUUAUGGAAUGUUUUUAUUAAGCCACCUUAUGAUUAUUCAGCAUCCGCAUUCUGGUAAGAAAAACGAAAAACCUAUUAAAGAACCAUUUAACUUAGUUAUAAAAAGUCGAUCAAAGUUAUUGGAAAUCUACCAAUGAAUACAACUGACAAAUUCGUUAAUAGUUGUGCUAAGAAAACAAAUAACAUUUAUAAACUAAAUAAAAUAUUAAUAUACCAAAGAUUAGCAAAUAGAGGGUUUAGCUUAGAUCUAGAAUAAUAAGAUUUUGAGGAUAUCAAAGGUGAUUAAAUAAGAGUGAAACAAUUACCAAAUAAUAUAGUUUAAAUCUAUAAACUGUGUAUGCUUAGAUGUAAAAAACAUAAGGUAAGAGCUACAGCGAAACAUUUAAUAGAGAGAAAUUUAAAAAUAUCGGAAGACAAAUUAUUAAAAUUAAUUUUUAGUAAUCAAGGAAAGAAGAAAAGAAUUUAAAAGAUGGAGCGUUAGAUUGAGGAGUGUAUUUAAAAAAGUAACUUUGUAUAAAUGUGAAUUAAUUUAUAUAUUUUGUGUUUAUCUCCCUUGCAGGGAAGAAUGUAAUG